AUGACGCUCUUGCAAACCCUCCUCCGCGCAACAGCGUUCAAGAAUCCUCUUCUACGUACCCUUGUUCCCUCUGUUGCGCUUGCGUACGGCAUUCAAGCUGCCGUCGCUGUUCCCUCCAUCGCAGCACAAACGGAACGGUACUAUGACCUCUCCGGCAGCUUCACAUACCUGUCCUGCACAGCCCUCAGCCUAGUACUCCCAUACAUGCGCGCAAGAGCCGCAGGCACCAUCACCGGCGGUAUAACCGAGUAUUUCAGCGCCCAGGGCUUGGGACAGGGCACGUGGUGGUGGAGACAGGCGCUUUUGAGCGCUGCCGUGGGGAUUUGGGCUACGAGAUUGGGUUCUUAUCUCUACAAACGCAUAUCCAGCGACGAAGGAAAAGAUUCCCGUUUCGACUCCAUCCGGACCUCCCCGCCCAAGUUCCUCGUCGCCUUCUUCGCCCAAGCAACAUGGGUCUCCCUCUGCACCUUACCCGUCAUUCUAGUAAACUCCGUUCCACGCUCCGCCUACGCAACCUCACUCCUCGGUCAAGCCGUAUCUUCAAAACCAUACUUAACAGACAUCCUCGGCCUCGCCAUCUUCGUCUUCGGUCUUACGUUUGAGGUUGUGGCUGAUAGACAAAAGGACACCUGGGUCCAAGGCAAAAAGCAAAAGAAACACUCUGAAGAGUUCCUCACACAUGGCCUGUGGAGUAAAUCUCGGCAUCCGAAUUACUUUGGCGAGGCGACGUUGUGGAGUGGUAUUGCGAUUGCGGCGGCGGGGUUGCUGGUUAGGCAGCCUGCGCAGGCUGCUUUGGGAUUAAGUGGGGGCGUUGGUGGACAGGUGCUUGUUGCUGGUAUGUGUGCGGCUAGUCCGGCUUUUGUGUCUUUCUUGCUGCUGAAGGUUAGUGGGGUGCCGUUGAGUGAGAAUAAGUAUGAUAAGAGGUAUGGGGAUCGCAAGGAUUAUCAGAAGUGGAAGAGGGAGACGCCGAUGUUUGUGCCGAAGAUUUGGUAG